AUGUUCUCCCAGAAACCUGCCACAACCGGCGGCUUGACAGUCAACACAUCCAGCGCGAACUCUUUAUUGAGAAAUCAAGAGACUGAUGAUCCCGGAUUCAACAGCGGCGGCGGAACACAGUUGGCGACUACAUCCACAUCCGCAGGCGGUCUUUUCGGCGGCACCCUUGGAGGAACAGCAACAUCACAGCCACAGACAGGAAAUUUAUUUGCAGGGCUAGGGGCUACCAGCAGCCAGACUCCGCAGAAGAGUUUGUUUGGUGCCGUUGGUACCAGCGCGACUACCACCGCUCCAACAACAGCAACAACUCAACCGGCAACUGGAGGCCUAUUCUCGGGAACAGGGACACCCAGCUCACAACCUCAGCAGCAGAGCGGGCUGGCUGGCGGCUCGCUCUUUGGCAGGGCGACUAAUUCCAAUGCUCAAUCACAACAGAGUACUGCAACCAGUGGGCCAUCACUGUUCUCGAUGGGCACCUCUACCGCCAAUCAAAACCAGGCGAAGCCAUCCUUAUUUGGAGGCGCUGCACAGACUACGGCGACUUCAGCAAAUACAGGGGGUUUAUUUGGGAAUACUCAGCAGCAGCAGCAGCAAGGACCAACUUUAUCCCUAUUCAGAAACACAGCAGGACCUUUAAAACAAGACCAGUCAGCCGGGAACAAUGUUGUAUCGGGCGUUAAAAUCGAUGUAUCAAAUCUUGUGCCAACGACAAAAUUUGAGAGCUGCAGCGACGAGUUGAAGAGGGAGAUUGAAGCCAUAGACACCUUCAUCCUCAAUCAAGUCCGGAUGUGUAACGAAGUGUCCGACCUUCUACCCACCAUAUCGGCCCAGGGUGCAAUGAUUCCCAACGACGUUGAAUUUGUACAAGGGAAGCUAGAUACUCUUCAAGAAGCCCUCGAAAACGAUGCCAACGGAAUUGAACAUGCUCGUAACCUCGCAAAACAAGAUGCCACCGAUGCAAAACUGGCCUUCCGUACUCUCGAUACUUUAAUUCUACCUCUGCAAUACCAGCCCAGCCCUAGUGAACGAUGGUGGCCGACAGGCCAGCAAGGCCAGCCAAUGUCCAAACAUCCGCUGCGGCCCGCUCUCCGUCACGGUGGUACUCUUGCCCUGCCAGAAGGUAUUGAGGCAGAUCCUAACGGUGCUUCACAAAAUGAACCUGGUAGCCUGGUAGACUACUUCUCACAGCGGGCAGACGAUAUGGGCUCAGUGCUCGAGGAGUAUCGCAAGAACCUGAAAGAUAUCGAAGACCAUUUGUACAAUGUCGAAGACUCCCUUCAGCGGAAGAUUCACGCAUUGGUCUCCUCAAGGGGCAGAGAUGGCGGAAGCACUACCAGUACACAAUCCCCCCGUGUGCGAGAACUCGCUGCAACGCUUGGAGACGUCGAGACAGCCAUCUUAGGCGUCGCCAGCAGGGUCGGCAGUGCUAAGGAGGAAGUUCAGGAAUUGGUUUUGGGUCCCUUGGGCGUAAAUGGUACUGGAAUAAGCAAUGGAUGGCAAUCCAGGGCGUAUUAA